AUGAAUGCAGAUCACGUGAUGGUGACACAGGAAACUUUAGUGGAGCACUUAGAGAAAAAUUAUCCAGGAUACUUCAUUGUGACUCCCAACACGUACUUGAUCACUAAUAAGGCCACAGAACACAACAGAAGGGUCCUGCUGGGGGACAGUUGUUGCUGUUCAGCACCUUCCAUCACCUGCCUGGUAAACAUUAAGCACUGUGCAAACCUAGUGAAAGAAAACAUUCCUACAGUAUCCUGUUGCAGAUCCUGCCAUUGUUUCCCUGUCCAAAAUAUGCUCUGUGAACAAAGGCAUUGGCAGCUAGUGAACCAUGAACCUAAGGGAAAGGGAAAGAAAGACUGCAGGGAAUUGAAGCCCUCCAUUGAAACUCAAGGGAUCUGCACAUCUGCUGAAAAUCAUGCCUGGGACACCAUCAAAUCCCUGACAUCCGUGAAGGCAAAGCUGAAAAGCAAAAGAUUUGGCCUUGGCCUUUUCUGGAGAAGUUUUUCUAAAAAAGAAAAACACAAGAAGGAGUACUCCACUUUCUCAGCCCAGUUUCCUCCCAGGGAGUGGCCGGUCAGGGAUGAAGAUGACUUGGACAAUAUUCCACGUGAUAUUGAACAUGAAAUCAUCAAGCGUAUUAACCCUACUCUUACUGUUGAUAACUUGAUUAAACACACCAUAUUAAUGCAGAAACUCGAGGAGCAGGAAAAAUACAUCAGUAAAGAGAAAAAAUACAUCAGUAAUGGUACCUCAGCUGAAGGGUCAGUAGCCAGGCAAAACCAUCUUUCAAAGGAUUGUAUUCAAAAGGCAUGGAGUAAAACGGCAAAACACACCAGGAAAACCAAAUCAAAGAAAGAGGAGCAGAUCGGCAGAAGCAGCAGCAAAUCUCCCAUCCAGGAGCUGACAUCCCAACAUGUGCAAGUGGAAGCAAGCCUUUCACUGUCUGCCAGAAACCAAGAGCCCCCUGUUGUAGCAGUGCAGUCCCCUGUGUUCUAUAAGAAGCAGAUUACGAAUCCUUUCCAGGCUCUGCCGUGGAGACGCAGCUUCUACGCGCGGGGGUACCGAGGUGUCAUCAACAGUCACCUGAAGAGCCGGGCAAGGGGGCAAGGAAGGGCUUCACACAGGCCACAGCCCUCGGCCUCCUGGAGACCCUCUGGCUACAAAACCCAGCAGCUGGCUGACAGAGCCAAGCAAAACCCACCCCAUGCUCACAGGUCCUGCCUCCAGCUCCAGAAAGACAGCUUAAGUGAAAACUGUAGCUGUCUGCGAGGCAGUAAUCUGCAAAUAGACAGUAAAAGUAAAUACUUUCUGGAGAGUAAUAUUUCUGAAGAAAACACCUAUGGAAGAACAUUAAAAAGAAGUCCUGGGGACAUUAAAAAGUCCCCUUGCUUCUACACUGAACAUAGUGGUGUGUGCAAAGGAGAUGCAAACCUUUCAUUCUGUCUGAAAGAUGAGCGUUGCAGAGGCAAAGCUGCCGCUGUAGGUGAGUUAUUAGAUCGAACAGCAAAUGAAUUUCAAAAUGUCCAUCUUUCAAAUUAUACAGCCAAUGUUAACCUGGUCCAAAGAAAUGGUGAGAAAUACAGACAAAAGACUGACAAAAAAAGCAAGCUUAUAUUUAACUAUGACUGUGCCAGCCAUCACGGGGCAAUGGAGCUGGAAAGAGAGGGAUUUACUGACAACUGCCGCCUUCAGAACCAAAAAGAACAUGAUGGGGACACCUGUAAGCAGUUGGGUGACAGUUCUGAGGGCUGUGAGCCGUGUCAUCCCCUGCCUCCUGGCCAUGCCUUUGCAGACACAGGAGACUGGAGUGCAACUGUGUCCCUAAAAUCCUGUAAGGACAGAAACACUCAGAAGGGACAGAAAGCCCCAGCUUUCAGUCAGGAGACAGUGGAAUUGACUCCCCAAGAUGGACCGAAAAGAAGAUGAAGCUUCCUGCCAAAUCCUAAAAGCAUAAAUAAUAAGGUGAAGAGGAGGACAAGCGGAAGGACAAUUGCAACAAAAUUCCUGGCUACAUCUAACCCCGGUCAUGAAUACUUGAUUCUCUUUUAAUGAGCUUUGUAAAGUUUCCCUUUGUAACAAGGUAACCAUCCUGUAAAUGCAGUCAGUCACAUCAGUCUCUAAAUCAAAGCUGUUAAUUCAGACUUCUGACCGUAGUAUUUGGAGAGAUCAUGUGUAUUUCGCUUGCACUCAUCUUUAUUAUUCUG